UCUCCUCUAGUCUGCUGGCUGACUUGUAAUUGAUCCCUUACAUUCUGCUCCCUUCACAUUCUUUUCAUAUGGAUCGCAAUUACCCACGAUUCUCAACCUAUACGACCUCCCUCCUCCACCUCCUCACCUUUCUAUGGCAACACAUCUCUCACUCAUCACUCCCUCAGGACGUGCUUUAUGUAUUGAUGAACCUAACCAAAAUAAACUUGCUGUUAGCCAUCCUUUCAUUGCUCUCUUAUGAUUGACCUUCUGAUAUGUUUGUGUCUGUUCUCCUUUGUCUGUUACCCUUUCCUCAUCUUCCUUUGUCUGGCCUUUUAACUUGUCUCAGAUCCUUCUCGGUCUCAAACGUUUUGUUUAGUGGUGCCUUGAACUGUGUAAAGAUUGAGAUACCUGUGUUCAAAUAAAUGUAAUGCUAGUCACAUCAGGGCAGAGUGUCCAUGGGGAUGUAAUGUCAGUGUUUACAUACGUGACCCUGGACGAUAAACCAGUCUUAAGGGUCAACGUUUCGAAAUUGAGAUUUUUACAUCAUCUGAAAGCUGAAGAAAUAAGAUUUUUUAUUGAUAAUAUGGUUCGUUAGGAAAUGAUAAUAUCUGGCGCAACAACAACUGUUUACAAAGCUGGAAUCUGACGUUGUGAAAAAAGCAAUUUCUUUUAGAAAAUCGACUUUGAAUUUGUUUAUCAGUGGCACUGUAGUAAGCCAUCAACUCACAAAAUUAAUUUUUUUAUACAUUUACGGCAGGAAAUUUAUAAAACAACUUCAUGGAACAUAAUCUUGACUGAAUAUCCUAAUGAUGUUUGCCGAUUACUAAAAAUGUUCCCGUGCUACUUAAGGUUUUGUUGUCCAGGUCACAUAUGCAUUUAUAUUUUGGGCAAAUUUUACUCUUACCUCAAGAUGGAAGUACAAGGGAUUUUUCUUAAGUUUUUAACCUUUUGUCACAUUUGUAAUAUUCGGAAUACUUUUGAACCUUUAAGUAGGUGACCACUAACCACAUGUUGUGGCGAUAAAAAAUAUUAACAUUCAUAAGUGGCUAAAAAGGAAACUUCAAACUUUGAAACGCUUUUCAUAGACAGUUUAAUCGGACGCAUGCAUCUAGCCCGAAGUUAACUUCCGGUAUGUGCAUGGUUCUAAUAUAGCAACAUAUUUUGUUUUUUUAUAUUCAUAUUUAUUACCAAAGUUUUACUACAAAUAUCAUGGCUAAUCUAUGGAAUAAUGUGAAUAUUGUAAAUUUGUAGUUUUAAGUCGCAAGGGUGAGCGGCUUGGCGCCAAAAUGUUCACACAGUUCUGUGACGUGGACUGUCGAAAGUGGAGAGAGUGCCGGGCAAGCCUAUGGGUGCAAAGUUCUGCCGUUAGAACGAUGGGCGGAGCCUGCAGCUGUCAUUCAUUCAACACACCAACACACAUGUCAUUGCAUUGCAAGUUAUGAAAGUACAUAAUGGCAGAAUCCGGCGAAACUGCACUUUUCAAUAAAGUCACUGUUUAUUCUCUCCUCGCGUGUGUGGGGCAGUUUGCGGUCGGAUACGUUUUUGCGCAAAAGUGGGGGAACAAAUGUUCGACUGCUGAUAGAUGGGUCCUCGUGUGGCUGUUUUACGACGCAAUAGUUCAUUUUACUCUGGAGGGACCCUUUGUGUACAUGUCACUGGUUGGAAAUGUUGCAACUUCUGACAACCUGUUUGCAGAGCUGUGGAAAGAAUAUGGCAAGGCAGAUGAACGCUGGUUGUACUCUGACCCAACGAUAGUAUCUCUAGAGCUUCUGACGGUGGUUUUAGAUGGCUCUUUGGCCCUGCUUCUGAUCUACGCCAUCAUCAAAAACAAACACUACAGGCACUUCAUUCAGAUCACUCUGUGUGUGUGCGAGUUGUACGGGGGCUGGAUGACCUUCUGUCCAGACUGGCUCAUCGGAAGCCCCAACCUGAACACCGACAACUGGCUGUACAUGUGGGUCUACCUGGUGUUCUUCAACGGGAUCUGGGUGGUGGUGCCUGCACUCCUUCUCUGGCAAUCAUGGAGGGCUUUAGCAGAUUUAAAAAGGACUCCAUCAGUAUCCAAACAAGACUAGAUAGACUCUAAUAUUAAAUACAGCGAAUUAACUUUGCAGUUAUAUAAGCUAUUCAGAGGGAAACGGAUUAGACUGCAGUUAAUACAUUACGCAUUUAUUGCGUAUGCAGAAGGCGUGGGUUUGCAUAA